GCAUGUCGUUGGAGCUUUGGGGGUUGCUUAGUGUGCUUUUCGAUAAUGGUGUGAGGUACUGGGGUGUUUGGUUUACAGAAGAUUGGUGCUUGCAUGGGUGGAUGGGCGGGAGUACAAGUGGAGGGUACUUUAUCUGCAUCCAGGUGUUUUGCCGUAUGGGGCUUUACUUCCUUUCAUAUGGUGGAUAUGUUGUGGGAGUCUUGGGAUGAACAGGAUUGACUAUUGGGUUCUACCUUGUUUUGAGACGGGGUUUUGUGAUGCUGGUCCACUGUUCGUUCCUCUUUUGCUUAUAUGUAAUUUCAAUGCUGUGAAUCGUGACUGUUUUGAGAAAAGUUCUUCGAAGGGGGAGUUUUCGUAUAAGUUGGUUUCUUUCCUCAAGGAAAGAGGUAGUUAGUUAUAAUCUCUUGUUUCUUCAUCUCGUCUUUCUUCGUUCAAACUUCUCUCUCUCUCUCUCUACCUCGUAUAUACAUUCUUUUUGGUGCAAAGUCGCCUCUUACAUUCAUUCAUUCAUUCAUUUUUCUACAUUCAUUUAUCCAGCUAGUUCUGGUAGAUAUCAUUCGAUCAUUCCAUCGAUUCAUACAAGAAAGUCAAAUCUCUCCCAACCAUACACAUAUUUUAUCUUGACGAUAAAUUACCACAUCAUCAAAAUGCAAUACACAUCCACAAUCCUCAUGGCCAUCAGCCUAAUCACCUCCGUCUCAGCCCACGGUCGAAUCCUCUCUCCUACACCCCGAUCCCCAGGUCCCGCCAUGCAAUCCGCCUGCGGCCAACAAGUCGAAGGCAACCAAGCCUCUGACCCAAACGGCAACAUCCAAGGUAUGCUCCAAGUAGCCAAUUCACAAAAAGAUUACAACGCCGCCGAAUGCAACAUCUGGCAAUGCAAAGGCUACAAAUUCGCCGACAACAAGGAUAAAGUGCAGAGUUGGACAGCGGGCCAAGUCGUCCCCUUCCAAUUCGAUGUCGCGGCUCCUCAUACGGGAACAGCUAAUGUAUCGAUUGUUUCGACGGCUGAUAAUAAGGUCCUGAAACAAUUAUUGUAUUACGAUGUUUUUGCAUCGACUGCCACGGGGGUAAAACCAAAUCAAACUUCAUUCAGUAUUACGAUUCCACAGGAUCUAGGCGAUCAAUGUACUGUUGCUGGUGCGUGCGUGGUACAGCAUUUCUGGGAUGCUCGAUCAAUCGAUCAAACAUACGAAUCGUGCGUUGAUUUCACGGUUGGAGGUUCAGGUUCGGGCUCGGAUUCUAGUUCUGCAUCUGCAUCUGCUGGUUCUUCCGCUGCAGUAUCUAGUAUUGCGGCUUCUUCCUCAGUGCCUGUUGUAGCUUCUUCUGUUUCUUCAGUUGCUGCUAUCGUUACUUCGGCUGCGGCUUCGAGCUCGAUUCCCGUUUUGACAACUUCGUUUGCGCCGCUUCCUACUACGCUUGUUACGAUGACGAAGGCUAGUAGUACUUCUAGUGCAACUGCGGUGGCUUCUUCUGCGGCGUCGGUGGAGGAUGAUGAUACUUGUGAUGCGUAAGGGUUUUGGUUGGGGUUUAUGGGUUGUGAUGGGGUGGUUGCGGAGAACGAGGGAAAGAGGGAGACGAGGGAAGAUGGGUGGAGAUGGAAUAGGGAGAUAUUCAAAUUUCUUGUAUAUAGAUAAACGAU